AUGACCCUCCGCGACCAUGGCUACUACGGCUACGCCUUUGUCGGCGCCCGGCCCUGCCAGAUCGCCGCCCUGGCCGCCCUGGUCGGUCUCGCCGGCCACUUUGUCGCGCAGGACAUGCAUGCUCACUUGGCCGUCCCCGGCGCCGUGACGGGCACCAUCGUGACGGCAUCCCUCGCCCUUUUGUGGACGCUUGUGUCGGCCACCGCCUACGACGACGCCCACAUGCCGUACCUGGUGACAACCUCGCUCGACGUCCUGUUUCUGAUUCCGCUCGUUGUGGUCGGUGUUGUGUUGGGCCGACCCCUGGCAGGCUUUUCGUGUGCGGUGCUGGCCAUGCCAUCCCCGGACAACGCCAACGACCUGCUGGCCAUUUCGCUGACGCCGUCGUCCCCGGCGUCGAGCUACAUCCUGUUUGUCGGCGACAACCAGACGACAUGCUACGAAAUCAAGGCCGCCUGGGGUCUCGUGCUGGCUCUCUGCGUGCUCUUUGCCAUGACGAGCCUGGUCACCGUCCUGCAAUUCUCUGGCAAGCGGAGAGCGCGGCAGGCCCAACAGAACGCAACACGGCCCGCCGCCACCGCCAUGGCCCCUGCUGCCCGCAUCGCCCUACCGCCGAGCGCCGUCGCCUUCCGCCCCGCGGAACAAAUCGAACUGUCACAGUCCAAGACGUGGGCCCUGGAUGACGACGACGACCACGACGACGACGAGUUCGACGACAACUUUGAGGACCACAGCAGCGUCCACGGCAGCCUGCACUCCCUCAACAGUCUCCAUAGCAACUUCUACAGCCAAGACAAUGGGACAGCUGCUUUUCCGGCGGCCGCACCUGCGUUUCCCUCGGCCUACGGACGCAGCCUGCACCCAGGCUUGUCGGCCGCCGUGCCACUCGGCAUCGGCCGCAGCAUCACCGACAUUUCGUACAGCUCUAGGGGACGCGGGGCGUCACGGCUUCAGCGGAAGCGCGUGCCACCCAGGAUCAAGACGGCGAGGCCGCUCUUUGAAGAGAGAGAAGGAGAAGCAGACGGAGAGGACAAGGACAAGGAGAAGGAGGACAUGUACGACAGCGGCUUGACGACACCCUUGUCACCGCCACCACAGACGCACCAGACCAAGACGGGACCAUCCGCAUCGGGGUCCGGACACGGACACGGAAACGGCUCGGGCCGCAGCUCAGCCGCCAGCAGCCGCUAUGCGCCGCGGACCCCAACGCCGCUGUCGCCCGUGUUUCUGUUUGCGUCACCGACGGCGUCGCCCGCGCUCAUGUCGUCCACGCCGUCGCCUCCUCGUUCCUCGCCUCCGUCUCCUUUUCCACUGCCUCGAAAUACCGCCGUCGCUCCUGGACCGCCCGCCGUGAUGCCCAUACCGGGCGCAGCAGCUGCCGCUCCGACCAAAGCAGCUGCCCGUCGACCGAUCCCAAGUCGGUCGCUCACCCAAAAAUACACACCCACGCACAUUGCCCACUACAACCCCGCCAAUCCAUCCAAAUACACCCUGCCUCUGGCAUCGACGACAACACCACCAUCAACAGCGGCAGCGGCAGCUGCAGCGGCAGCGGCACCCAGCCGCUUCGCCCGCGAGACGCUGUGGCCGCGGGUGUUUCAACGGUCGCCCGUCCGGCGGCAGCAGGCGACGGCCCUGGUCUCGCCGGCCUCGCCGGCCUCGCUGUCGCCCAUCUCGCCCAUUCUGCCGCCGCCACAGCCGAGGCAGCCAGCCGCCACAGACCAUGGGACGCUGUCUGCGUCUGCCAGCAGCCACGCGCAUCGCAAGACCUUGUUGGAACGGAUCGAGGGCUGGUGGGACUUGGGCCUGCUGCGGGGCGUCGGCACGAUCAAGAGCCGGCGCGCCCCGCCCAAACUCCAGACGACGACAACAACGACGGCACUGCCCGCAUUGUCCACGUUUUCGUCGCUGUCGCCGUUUUCGUCGCGGACGGGCCGGUCGGCCGAGAUGGACGUGCCGGGGCCGUCGCCGGAGACGUUUGUAUAG